ACUCCCUUCAUCUUUGAUUUCAUUGUCAUCACUUCCAAAAUGGAGAUUUUGAGUAUAGGGUCCUUUCAACUUCUCUUUGCACUUAUGAUUCUACUGCAUAUGCAAACUUCCAUUGGAUUCAAUUCAACAACUGCUGAUAAUGAAGUUAGAUGCAUAAAGAGCGAAAGACAGGCGCUUCUCACAUUUAAGCAAGGUCUGGUUGACAAAUAUGGCUGGCUUUCUUCCUGGGGCAAUGAAGAAGAGAAAAAAGAGUGCUGCAAAUGGGAAGGAGUUCAAUGUAGCAACACAACUGGGCAUGUCACUGUGCUUAAUAUUCCAACGGAUCAUUCUGAGAUAACAGGUAACUUUGGUGCUUCCCUAUUUGAGUUGCAACAUUUAAUAUCUUUAGGCCUCAGCUCCAUAGAUUUCAACUUAAGCCACAUUCCUGAGUCUAUUGGUUUACUCAACAAAAUACAACAUCUUGAUCUCUAUUCUUGUAACUUGAGUGGACCUCUUCCAAGUCAGCUAGCAAACCUCACAAGUCUACAAUUUCUUGAUCUUGGCUCUAAUAACUUUAACAGUGUCGAAAAUCUUGAGUGGCUCACUAGUCUUUCUUACCUAAAAUACCUUGGUUUGAGUAGAAUUAACCAAGUUACCAAUUGCUUGCUACAAGUAAUGAAUAAGCUCCCUCAUCUAAUCGAAUUGCAUCUAGAUAGAUGUAAUCUUCAAGAUGUGGUUCCUCAGUGUGUCCCUAUGAUUAAUACUUCAACUUCCCUGGCUGUCCUUCAUCUAGAAAGCAACAAUUUGAGUGAUUCCACAUUCCAAUGGUUGUUUGAAUUCAACCAAAGCCUUGUUGAUCUCUCCUUGUCUAAUAAUCAGUUUCAAGGUUUGAUUCCUGAAAAUCUUGGUCACAUGACUUAUCUUGAAAGCCUAACUCUCUCUCACAGCCAAUUUGGAAAAGGGAUUCCAAAAUCCUUCGGGAACUUGUGCAAAUUAAGGUACCUAGGCAUAUAUGGUAACAAUCUUGACGGAAUGCUUCCUGAACUUAUUGGUAACUUAACUGGGUGUCUACAACUCUCCUUGGAAUCUUUGAAUUUGGGUGGAAAUAAAAUUAAAGGACCCUUGCCUGAUAUGAUAGAAAACUUCUCUUCAUUGCGAGAAUUGUAUCUUUACAACAAUCAACUAAGUGGCACUGUAUCCAAAAGUAUUGGACUCUUGUCAGAGCUUGAGCAGUUACAUAUUUCUUCCAAUUCUUUGAAUGGGACGAUCACUGAAUCACACUUCUCAACACUAUCUAAGUUACAGAGCUUGGACAUGUCUUUUAAUCCUCUAAGCUUCAACUUUAGUCGUGACUGGAUUCCUCCAUUCCAGUUGUAUUUUAUAGGACUUCGGUCUUGCAAGCUAGGCCCAAAGUUUCCCAACUGGUUGAAGACUCAAAAAGACUUUUCUUCUCUUGAUAUAUCUGGAAAUCAGAUUUCAGACAGCAUCCCAAAGUGGUUUUGGAACGUAUCUUCUACAGCAGAUGAACUAAAUCUUUCUUCCAAUCAGAUCUAUGGAAUUGUGCCAGACUUGUCUACAAAUUUUGCUAAUUCUUUGGGUCUCAGGAUAGAUUUGAGUAAAAAUAAGUUACAAGGAUCAUUACCAGUAUUCCCUGCUGAUGUCUCAUCCAUAAACCUAUCAAAAAAUAGGUUUUUUGGGUCAAUUUCUUAUCUUUGUACUGUAACCCGUAGGAAACUUCAGUUACUUGAUGUUUCUUACAAUCAACUAUCUGGAAAGCUUCCUGGUUGCAUGACAGGGUGGACAAAUUUAAGGAUUUUGAAUUUGGCUAAUAAUCAUUUAUUUGGGAAAAUUCCAAGCUCUAUUGGAUCUUUGUCUUACCUUGAAUCAUUAGGUCUGCAAAACAACAAUUUCUCUGGAGAAAUACCUUGGUCUUUGGGAAAUUGCAGUGCUUUGCAAUUUUUGGACUUGAGUUAUAAUAGAUUCUCCGGAAUAAUACCAGCUUGGGUUGGAGAAAGGCUAAGUUCACUAAUUUUCCUUCUUCUAAGAUCCAACAAUUUCAGUGGAGACAUCCCCUUGCAGCUAUGCCGGUUGACAAAUAUUAUGCUGCUAGACCUCUCCAACAACCAUCUAUCUGGAAGCAUACCAUGGUGCAUCCAGAAUCUGACUGCUUUAGCUCAAAAGAAGAGUUCAGACUAUAAUUUAUUUUUGAUUUAUGGCGCUAUAGCAAGCUAUGUUGACAAAGCAGCUAUCAUGUGGAAGGGGAUGGUGUAUGAUUAUGAAUAUCUCAAGGAUCUUAGAAUCAUUGAUCUUUCAAGCAAUAAAUUAACUGGAGAAAUUCCAGUCCAAAUAUCGAGUCUCUUCCAGCUGGUGCAAUUGAACUUAUCAAGAAAUCAGUUGACAGGAAAGAUGCCUCCAGAUAUUGGGCAGUUGAGACAGCUAGAAUCACUUGACUUGUCAUCUAACCAGCUUUCAGGUCAUGUUCCUGGGAGCAUGUCCCAAUUAAAUUUCCUCAGCACUUUGAAUCUGUCACACAACAACUUUUCAGGAAGAAUCCCAUUAUCAACCCAAAUGCAGUCAUUUAAUGCUUCUGCAUUUGUUGGUAAUGCUGCCCUCUGUGGGCUUCCUCUGACACCAACUUGCCCGGGAGAUGAAAAAGCAAAGAGCAAACCAACAGACAGUGGUGGCAAAGAUAAUCAAGAAGACAGAGCUGAAUUCUGGAAAUCAUUUAAAUUGAGUAUGGAACUUGGAGUGGCCAUCAGCUUUGUGGGAGUUCUAGCUGUAAAGUUAGAUCAUCCAUUGAAACAUCUCUGUUUCCUGUUGUUCAACAAUGUGAGGGUCCACCUCAGCACCUUAAAGGAUUGCCUUUAUGUACUUGUAGCAGUGUUUGGUUUGGUGGUGAGAGAGCAUGUAUCCAGACUGGCAAAAAAGUUGAAGUUGUUUGAGCCAUCAGUCUCUUCCUAGAGACUGGAAAAAAGGUUCCAGAUGUUUCAUGUUGCAUGGAUAUCUUCUCUUCUUUCCACAUCAGUAAGUCAAAGCUAAGCAGGGCAUUAUUUCUUCCUUUAUUUUUGAUUGUGUUUGGUUGAAAGGUCUGUUUAAAUUAAAUGAUUUGUGCUUUUCUUUUCUAUCACCUAUUUUGUAAUAAUUUGCUGGAAACUAAUACUGUAAUCAACAAGAUGCCAAUCCUUAUCCAUUGUAAUCAACAAGAUUUAUCAGA